GCUAGUAAAAAUGGCGAAAAUUAACACGAGGGUUGUCAUGUAUGUCCUUGAGAAAAGUAAAUCUCCAAAAAUUAUGCAUUUCCAAAACAUCACACCUUUUUCGCCAUUAGUGUUUUCGAAAAAAUCGUCAAAAUGAAACUUAUUGACAAAUCCAUUGACAAAGAAGGCCAAGGGUAUGUGACCCUUGUGCCUGAAGAACCUGAAGAUAUGUGGCACGCGUAUAAUCUCAUAUCGGAGGGGGAUUACGUCCGCAGUAGCACAGUCCGAAAAGUGCAAUCUGAGUCGUCAACAGGUUCUUCAACAUCAAACCGUGUCAGAACCAUGCUGACGAUUUCCGUUGAAACGAUCGAUUUUGAUACUCAGGCAUGUAUGCUAAGACUCAAGGGGAAGAACGUCGAGGAGAACCAAUACGUCAAGAUGGGGGCUUACCACACAUUAGAUCUCGAAAUGAACCGCAAAUUCCGCUUAACUAAACACGAGUGGGACUCUGUGUCCCUGGAGCGGGUAGAAAUGGCUUGCGACCCAACAAAAAGUGCCGAUUUGGCCGCUGUGAUAAUGCAAGAUGGCUUGGCCCACAUUUGCCUAAUAACCUCCAGCAUGACGAUAGUUCGGGCAAAAAUCGAGGCGUCCAUCCCACGAAAACGCAAAAAUUUUAUCCAACAGCACGAAAAGGCACUGGCGAAAUUUUACGACAAUAUAAUACAAGGAAUUCUAAGACAUAUUGAUUUUGAUAUCGUCAAGUGUAUCAUCAUCGCCUCACCGGGCUUCGUCCGCGACCAGUUUUACGAAUACAUGAUUCAAAUGGCUGUUAAAACCGACAACAAAACUCUAUUGGAAAACAAGUCGAAGUUCAUGCUGAUUCACUCCUCUACAGGGUUUAAACAUUCGUUAAAAGAAAUCCUUCAAGAUCCUGCUGUCGUUAAUAAAAUUUCCGAUACCAAAGCAGCUAGUGAAGUAAAAGCACUUGAAAGUUUCUACACGAUGUUGCAGUGUGAGCCAGAUAAAGCGUUCUAUGGGAAAAAACAUGUAGAAAAAGCCAAUGAGGCACAAGCGAUUGAGACACUUCUUAUAUCUGAUAAUUUGUUUAGGUGUAAAGAUGUUAAUUUACGUAAGGAAUAUGUAAAGUUGGUAGACUCUGUGAGAGAAAAUGGGGGCGAUGUCAAGAUAUUCUCAAGUCUACAUAUAUCAGGAGAGCAACUAGAACAACUGACCGGCAUUGCUGCGAUUCUUCGUUUCCCAAUGCCCGAGCUCGACGAAGACGACGAAAGCGAAACCGAAGACUAAUAACAUGUUUCAACACUCCGUGUAAUCGUGUUUUAAACUCUUUGUUGAUAAUUUUUAAAUAAAUUAGGGAAUUUGUUGUAUAUUUUUAAUUGUUAUAUGAGUAAUUAUUGUAGAUUUUUAGUGAAUUCCUUCAAUUCUAUUUAUUUCUAAGAUGUACAAUUAAGCAACAAAAUUAUUUAUUGCAUAACUUAAACCAUUAAAAUAUUUUAUGUACUUUAUAAAAAAAUAAAAUAAUUAUGAAACUGA